UCCGCCAGUUCACUGCGAGCAGAGCUGAGUCAGGUGUCAGGGGGAGACGUUAUGAGAGCGUGUGAGGCUGCGCGCGCGCGUGUCUGAGAGCUUCUGCUUUGUUUGGAGCCGGGGGAGAUCGCAGUCAUCAUGGGGAUCAGCAAGGACUUGCUGAAGAGGAAGAAGGUUGUUAUAGGUGCCCUGGCAGUGUCAGUCGUCACUAUCAUCCUCGGGCUUGGACUGGGCUUGGGGCUUCAACUUGAGAAAUGUCGCAAUACAGUGAUCCCCAGUACGUCAUGUAGGAGCAGGUGCUAUGAGCCCUUUGACGAAGAGACGCCAGGCUGCCGAUGUGACCAGCAGUGCAUCACCAACGACAACUGUUGCUUUGACUUCCAGGACAUCUGCCUCCAACCGAUUCAGCAGUGGGAGUGCACCAAGCUGCGCUGUGGAGAGAAGAGACUGACAGAGAGCCGGUGCCACUGCUCCGAGGACUGUCUGGGUGCAGGGGACUGCUGUACCAACUACAAACAUGUCUGCCAGGGAGAGACGGAGUGGGUGGCGGACGAGUGUGUGGAUCUGAUCGCUCCCAAGUGUCCCGCAGGCUUCAAACAGCAGCCUCUCCUGCUGGUCUCACUGGAUGGCCUGAGAGCAGAGUACCUUCAGACGUGGCACUCCCUCAUCCCGGUCCUGAACAAACUGAAAACCUGUGGCACUUCAACCCCCUUCAUGCAGGCAGUGUUCCCCAGCAAGACCUUCCCAAACCACUACACCAUUGCCACGGGUCUGUAUUCAGAGUCUCAUGGGCUGGUGGACAACAGCAUGUAUGACCCAGUGUUUGACUCCUCCUUCAGCCUCUCCAACCAGGAGAAGGACAACCCCAGAUGGUACCAGGGACAGCCGGUGUGGCUCACGGCCAAGUACCAAGGUCGAGGGUCGGGAACUUACUUCUGGCCGGGGUCAGAUGUCAAGGUCAAUGGCAGCUUCCCAGACAUCUACGUUCCCUACAAUGGUAAAAUCCCAUUUGAGGAGAGAGUCUUCACCCUGCUUAAGUGGCUGCAACUGCCAGACAACGAGAGACCAGACUUCUUCACCCUGUAUCUGGAGGAACCAGACAAGUCAGGACACAGCUUCGGACCUGUCAGUGGAGGGCUAAUUGAGGCCAUCCAGGGCGUAGACCAGAUCAUCGGGCAGUUGAUGAACGGAUUGAAGCAGAUUAACCUGCACCAGUGUCUCAACAUCAUCAUCGUGGCUGAUCAUGGUAUGGAAGCCAUGAGCUGUGACAGGAAGGAGGUCUUGCAGGAUCUGGUGGGGAACGUCGGGCACCUGUACGUAGCUGAAGGUCCGUUCGGACGUAUCCGGGCCAGGGACAAGACACAAACCUUGGAUUCAGAAGGUCUUGUGGCCAACAUGACGUGUAAGAAACCAGACCAGAAGAUCAAGGCCUACCUCAAGUCACAUCUGCCCAAACGUUUCCACUAUGCCAACAACAGACGCAUCGAGGAUGUCACCGUGCUGGUCACACCUCAAUGGCUGUUAGAGAGGACCCCAGGUUCUCUGAAGUUCUGCUCUGGAGGGAAUCAUGGAUGGGACAACGAUGUAGACAGCAUGCAUGCCAUGUUCCUGAGCUACGGGCCAAAGUUCCUGUCCAAGACGGAGGUGCAACCAUUCUCCAACAUUGAGCUGUACAACCUUAUGUGUGACGUGCUGGAGAUCUCGCCGUACCAAAACAACGGGACCCAUGGCAGUAUGAACCACCUGCUGAGGGUGCCCUGGCACACCCCAACACCCCCCCCAGAGCAGACCCCCCCGGGGCAGUGCCCUGUCCUGGCCCUCAAACCCACAGACCCCCUGGGCUGCUCCUGCCCCGCCUUGUCCGGGAACAGUGUUAAUAGCCGCCUGAAUCUAUCUUCCACAGAAGUGUCCGAGGUGGAAGGGAGGCAUAUGUCGUUUGGUCGUCCCAGGAUGCUGCAGGGAGGGGAGGACUACUGUCUGCUCCCACAUCAGGGCUUCGUCAGCGGGUACAGUCAGAGGAUGCUCAUGCCUCUCUGGAGCUCCUUCACCUUGGACAAACCUGAUGACAUAGGCUCGUUACCCGUUGUAACCCCAGACUGCCUCAGGGCGGAUGUGCGUGUUCCUCCUGCCACAAGUCCCAGAUGUGACCAGUACAGCCAGCCAGCAGCAGGGAACAUCGUCCACGCGUUCCUCUACCCGCCCAACUUAAACACAACAGCAGAGGAGCAGUACGAUGGACUAACAAUGAGCAACAUAGUUCCCAUGUACCCUGAGUUCAAGAAGCUGUGGGACUACUUCCACUCCACGCUGCUGAGGAAGUACGCCAGUCAGUACAAUGGCAUGAACGUGGUGACAGGGCCAGCGUUUGACUACAACUAUGACGGCCACUAUGACUCAGCUGACCAGAUACAACACUAUGUGUCUGGGACGAACAUUUCCAUCCCCACACACUACUUUGCAGUGCUAACCAGCUGUCGGAACUCCUCUCAGCCAAUCAGCAGCUGCGCCCAGCAGCUUCAGACCGUCUCCUUCCUGGUUCCCCACCGACCAGAUAAUUCAGAGAGCUGUAACAAUGCAGACUCUGAAUCCUUAUGGGUCGAGGAUGUCAUGUGGUUCCACCAAUCACGCGUCAGAGAUGUAGAGUGGAUCACAGGAUUGGACUUUUACCAAAACAGCACCCGGCCAAUCCCUGAGAUUUUACAAAUGAAGACAUGGCCAACGGCUGCUAUUCACAGGAAACCCUGAUAUUAAACAUAGUUAUAAACUAUUGGAUAAGUAGAGAGACUGUAAUUCUACACUUUCACUUAUAUAAUAUGUCCAAUAUGAUAUCAAUGUGUAUAUAUAGAACCUAUUUGAACAUGGCAUACUAAUGAAUGGCUGGAGAGUGUACAAUAAUGACAUAGACAUUAUUUAAAAGUGAUGCUUUCUUUAUAUCUUAUAAUCUCAGGUUUUGUAGACUGUUAGACUGCUAAUGUGUGUUCUGUAUUAACAGCUUAGAUCUGCAUGUCUUUUGAUUGCCUUCUAGUAAUAAUGUGUUCAUUUAGUAGACACUUUUAUCCAAAACCAGUACAGUGAUUAAAUGUGUUGUAUUAACUAUA